GCGGAUCGUCUGCCGAGGACGCCGGCCGGGGACGCUGUGGAGGCCGCGCUGGCCGCGUGGGACAAGAGGCUGCGGCCCAGCAUGCGGGCGUUGUCGGGCGGCUCGCCGGCGGAGGCGGAGGUCGCCGCCAGGCGGCAGGAGGUGCUCUCGGAGCUGCUGGCGCUGGUCCGGGCCGUGGAGGCCGCGGCCUCCGAGCAGCACGGCUGGCGGGAGGAGGAGGAGGUGGCGGCGUGCCUGGCGCUCCUGCAGACGCUCUCCGACGCAGCUCUGUGGUGCGUGGUUGCCUCGGAGAAGGAGGCCUCAGGCGGCGCGGGCGCGGGCGACCUCCUGGCUCUGCGAUGCCAGGUGCUCGGGCGCACCGUGCAAGCUUGGGAAUGUUCCGACCAGCUCGACUUCGCCCACCUCCGGACGGUCUACAUGCACUACAAGGCGCGGGCGCAGACCUUGCAGCUGGCCCCAACGGACCUGGGCGCGGCGCGGGCGGCGGAGGCCGCGGCGCGCGGGAAGUGCGAGAGCGCCUUCUUCGUCAGGUUCGGUAUCUCGCCAGUGAACCUGGCGCUCGGGCAGGCCGAUUGCGUCGCGGAGGUGUUGCUGAAAGGGCUGCAGGCCAUGAACGACCAGGUGGCCAAGCAGGCGCGCGUGAUCAAGAUCCAGCUCGAGUCGGGCAUGGGCGUGCGCAUCCCCGUGUUCCACGAGGUGAUGCCGUGGGCGGUCAGGUGGUCGCCUCUGAAGCGCCGCGACAGCGAGCGGCUGGAGCGCGUCGUGGCUGGCGAGGAGUCCGUGGGCCCGUCGGGCACCGUCCCCGUGGAGUGCGGGCGCUACGACGUGGACCUGAGGGACAGGAAGCUCAGGGCCGUGUACUGGGACGAGCCUGAGAGGUCCGUGCUCCGCAGCCUGUGGUUCCACGGCCGCGGCGGCGAGGCGCUGCCGUACGAGGAGCAAGACGCCGAGGAGAUCGAGGCGGCCUUCCAGCGCAUGCGCGCCGCGCAGGACCGCCGGCCACUGCUGGUCCCCGUGAACAGGGGUUGCCACGACGUGCGCUUCGAGGCAGUGGAGACCCUCCCGAAGUCACAGCAGGAGACGGAGGCGGAGAGUAAGGGCCUAGGCUACAUGUCCUCGCUGUUCUACAGCCCUGAGCCGGAGAGACGGAGCGUCGUCGCCAAG